GUCCCCGCCCUCCCCCAGGGACCGCAACGGGCUGAGAGGCGCUGCUGGUGUCAGAUCCCGGCGAGCGCUGGCAGUUCCGCGGCGGGGAUGCUGAGAAGCGCUGAGUCCGCGAGCAGCCCUGGCCACUGCGGACUUCCGAGGCACUCUGGGCCGAGAAAACCCUUGCACCGCGGGUAAUCCCAGUCUCCCGAGGCCAUUCACCGCUCCAGAAGCCAGACGAGAGGAGAGUCCAGAGAGACAGCGGCCGUUCCUGGAUUCUGGGCUUUCUGAGCCUUCUGGAACCCCGAGAGACACCCCGGGGCUCAAGAACCUCCCCAGCGGCCCCCAGUCCCGGCUUCCUGCGUGCGUCCGUCCACAACCCCCUCCCGUGCACGGGUCGUCGGCGAGCGGCGGCCGGGUCCUGGUGCACACCAUGAUCGUUGCGGACUCCGAGUGCCGCGCGGAGCUUAAGGGCUACCUGCCGUUCGCCCGGGGCGGCGGCGGCGGCCCCCAGGCCGGAGAGGAGCCGAGUGAAAGCCGGGUUCGGCGAGGCCCUCGGGGACCCAGCGCCUUCAUCCCAGUGGAGGAGGUCCUUCAGGAGGGAGCUGAGAGCCUUGAGCAGCACCUAGGGCUGGACGCACUGAUGUCCUCGGGGCGGGUGGACAACCUGGCAGUGGUGAUGGGCCUGCACCCUGACUACCUUAGCAGAUUCUGGCGCCUACACUACCUGCUGCUGCAUACAGAUGGGCCCCUGGCCAGUUCUUGGCGCCACUACAUUGCCAUCAUGGCUGCUGCCCGCCACCAGUGUUCCUACCUGGUGGGUUCCCACAUAACUGAGUUUGUGCAGAGUGGCGGUGACUCUGAGUGGCUACUUGGACUCCAUCGUGCCCCCGAGAAGCUGCGCAAGCUCAGUGAGAUCAACAAGUUGCUGGCACAUCGGCCGUGGCUCAUCACCAAGGAGCACAUCCAGGCCUUGCUGAAGACGGGCGAACACAGCUGGUCCCUUGCCGAGCUCAUCCAGGCCCUAGUCCUGCUCACCCACUGUCACUCACUGGCCUCCUUCGUGUUUGGCUGUGGCAUCCUCCCUGAGGGGGACCCGGAGGGCAGCCCUGCCCCCCAGGCACCUUCACCCCCCAGCGAGCAAAGCAGCCCCCCCAGCAGGGAUUCACUGAACAACUCUGGGGGCUUUGAGGCUGCCCAAGACGUGGAGGCUUUGAUGGAACGCAUGAGGCAGCUGCAGGAGAGCCUGUUGCGGGACGAGGGAGCAUCCCAAGAGGAGAUGGAAAGCCGCUUUGAGCUGGAGAAAUCGGAGAGCUUGCUGGUAACCCCCUCAGCUGACAUCCUGGAGCCCUCACCACAUCCGGACAUGUUGUGCUUUGUAGAAGACCCCACUUUCGGAUAUGUGGACUUCACCCGACGAGGGACUCAGGCACCCCCCACCUUCCGUGCUCAGGAUUAUACCUGGGAAGACCAUGGCUACUCACUGAUUCAGCGGCUCUACCCCGAGGGUGGACAGCUGCUGGACGAGAAGUUCCAGACGGCCUAUAGCCUCACCUACAACACCAUUGCCAUGCACAGCGGAGUGGACACUUCCGUGCUCCGCAGGGCCAUCUGGAACUACAUCCACUGCGUCUUUGGCAUCAGAUACGAUGACUAUGACUAUGGGGAGGUGAACCAGCUCCUAGAGCGGAACCUCAAGGUCUAUAUCAAGACGGUGGCCUGCUACCCGGAGAAGACCACCCGAAGAAUGUACAGCCUCUUCUGGAGGCACUUCCGCCACUCAGAGAAGGUCCACGUGAACUUGCUGCUCCUGGAGGCCCGCAUGCAAGCUGCCCUGCUCUACGCCCUCCGUGCCAUCACCCGCUACAUGACCUGAUUCCUGUGUAGGACCUGGGCCUAGAGCAGCUGACCAGGGAGGCAUCCGCCUCCCUACAAGGACCUCUCUGUCUGGAGACAGACCCCGAUCCCUUUCUGUCCCAUGCCCACCCACCACACUCUGGGGGUGGGCUUUGUGUGACAUGCAGCCCCCGAGCCACACCCUCCUUUUUCUCAUUGGAACGGACAGGAUCUCUGGGAUCUCAGCUUUGCCCCUGGGGGCUAAAAGAGGACUAGCAGAUUACCAAGGGCCAUGCCCUUCUUCCUGCCCCUGAACCCAGAGGCAGAGCGCACAAGAAGGAAAAUGGGCUGAGCUCGGACUUCUGCGCCAGCAGGCAGAGCCCCAGGCACCACAAGUACCGAGGCCUUCCUAGACUGGGAAGGUCCCUGGCUGGCCCCCGAAGGAGAGGGGCAAAUACCUCCAGGGAUUGACACUCCAAGCCGCCUUCCUUUUCCUCCCCCCUCAUUCGGAUUUCAUUAUUGCUCACCUACCAUUCACCCAUCAAUGUGAAAGUCAGGGUCACGGCCAGUCUCUGCACACCUGGCUCCCCAAAAACUUGUUCUGUCGGGCAGCCUAGAAGCCGCUUGUUUCCUGAUCACCCCAAUCCUACUUCACUUCCUUUGACCUCGUUUGCCCUUUUACCCUUUCUGCCACUCCUGGUGGUGUGAGUCCCCAGGAGAGAAACUGAGCACAUCAAAAAGGUAGAUUAUCUCUUAGAGAAUUUGGGUUUCUGUUGGUCACUUUGCCUUCUGACGAGUAGGGAGUAUUCGGUUGUAAAUUCUCUGUGUUGUGAUCCUUCAUGGGUGAAGUUCAGACUUCUUCAGAACCUUAUGUCUAGAGCUACAGUCAGUGCCUGUGCUGAGGAGAAGAACAGGGAGCAAGCAAUUCGUUCUCCCAGAGCUGCUCCUGCCCGGCACCCUACUACCCUCCUGUCUCCUGUGGCUCUGCUGCAGAUGUUUGCCAAAAAGUUGAGCCUUUAUAAAGUGGCAUGUGGCCCAGUGGGAGAGGCAGGAGACCCUAGGGUUCUUAUUUGGGCCCUGCCACUGGCCAGGGGAUCAUGGCUACUUUGCCAAACCUCUUUGACCUCUGUUUCCGUAGUUGCAGACUGAGGGGUGGGGCUAAGUUUCCACAAUGUCUGAGUCUCAUCACCUUGGGUUUCUCAGACCAACCUGCCAGCAGCAAACUGCAAAUCUUACAGGAUCUCAAAGGCCUCUGGGGACCCACAGUCUUGCAGUCAGUGUCUCCUGGUCAUCUUUCAAGGACCGUGCAGUUUUUGUCCCCUCUCCUCGAUUUUAGGCAGAAGCAACCGAGGACUGAUCUCAGGCACUUUCUGUAGCAAACAAGCUGUGAAUUAUGACUUCCCCCACCCCUCUGACAGUGUGCAUCUCCUCUCUGACCCAUUUGGACGUGACUGAAGAAAGGCAGGGGCCAAGAUGCUGCUUGCUUCUGACUCCUCUCUGGGGGUGGGGCAGGAGAGGGGCUUGAUCAGUGUGCCACAUUUCAUACCCAUGCAGGCAUGGGGAAGCUACUGGCACCUCAGGCCUCAAGGCCCUCCCUGCAGUGAAGCUGGGCAGGAAAGAAAAGGCCCUAGCCUUGGGGUUCGGAUUCAAGAGGGGACAAGAUGACUCUGUAAAUGUCCCGUGGGUGGGGAGGGGUAUUCAGUGUUCAAGUGCAGAAGUCUUUGGCUUUGCUACCAGUUCCGUAUGAUGAGAAAUAAAAGUUCACCAAGGUUUUGUUUUGUA